AUGGCUGUCUUUGGAGAGGCCGCUCCCUAUCUCCGAAAGUCAGAGAAGGAAAGAAUUGCAGCCCAGAACAAGCCUUUUGAUGCCAAGACAUCCGUCUUUGUGGCCCAUCCUAAAGAAUCCUUUGUGAAAGGGACAAUCCAGAGCAAGGAAUCAGGGAAGGUCACUGUCAAGACUGAAGGUGGAGAGACUCUGAAUGUGAAGGAUGAUCAGGUCUUCCCCAUGAACCCUCCCAAGUAUGAUAAAGUCGAGGACAUGGCCAUGAUGACCCACCUCCAUGAACCCGCUGUGCUGUACAACCUCAAAGAGCGUUAUGCAGCCUGGAUGAUCUACACCUACUCGGGUCUCUUCUGCGUCACUGUCAACCCCUACAAGUGGCUGCCGGUGUACAACCCGGAGGUGGUGUUGGCCUACCGAGGCAAGAAGCGCCAGGAGGCCCCUCCACACAUCUUCUCCAUCUCUGACAAUGCCUAUCAGUUCAUGUUAAAUGAUCGCGAGAACCAGUCGAUCCUGAUCACUGGAGAAUCUGGUGCAGGGAAGACUGUGAACACAAAGCGUGUCAUCCAGUACUUUGCAACAAUUGCAGCGAGUGGGGAGAAGAAGAAGGAGGAGCAGUCAGGCAAAAUGCAGGGAACGCUUGAGGAUCAAAUCAUCAGCGCCAACCCACUGCUGGAGGCCUUUGGAAAUGCCAAGACCGUGAGGAAUGACAACUCCUCACGCUUUGGCAAAUUCAUCAGAAUCCACUUUGGAGCUACAGGCAAACUGGCUUCUGCUGACAUUGAAACUUAUCUGCUGGAGAAGUCCAGAGUCACUUUCCAGCUCAAGGCAGAAAGAAGCUACCACAUAUUUUAUCAAAUCACGUCCAACAAGAAGCCAGAGCUAAUUGAAAUGCUCCUCAUCACCACCAACCCAUAUGACUACCCUUUUGUGAGUCAAGGUGAGAUUACUGUUCCCAGCAUUGAUGACAAGGAGGAGCUGAUGGCUACAGAUAGUGCCAUUGACAUCCUGGGCUUCACUGCUGAUGAGAAGACUGCUAUCUACAAGCUGACAGGGGCUGUCAUGCACUAUGGGAACUUGAAGUUCAAGCAGAAGCCAAGAGAGGAGCAGGCAGAGCCAGAUGGAACAGAAGUGGCUGACAAGGCUGCCUACCUUAUGGGUCUGAAUUCAGCUGACAUGCUCAAGGCACUGUGCUACCCCCGAGUCAAGGUUGGGAAUGAAUAUGUGACCAAGGGUCAAACUGCACAGCAGGUGCACAAUGCUGUAGGUGCUUUAGCAAAGGCUGUCUAUGAGAGGAUGUUCUUGUGGAUGGUUGUUCGUAUCAAUCAACAGCUGGAUACGAAGCAGCCUAGACAGUACUUUAUUGGUGUCCUGGACAUUGCUGGCUUUGAGAUCUUUGAUUUUAACAGCUUUGAGCAGCUGUGCAUCAACUUCACCAAUGAGAAACUGCAGCAGUUCUUCAACCACCACAUGUUCGUGCUGGAGCAGGAGGAGUACAAGAAAGAAGGAAUUGAAUGGACAUUCAUUGACUUUGGGAUGGACCUGGCUGCCUGCAUUGAGCUCAUUGAGAAGGUAUCCUUCCUAUUCAGAAAUUCUCCCAUGGGCAUCUUCUCCAUCCUGGAAGAGGAGUGCAUGUUCCCCAAGGCAACUGACACCUCUUUCAAGAACAAGCUCUAUGACCAGCACCUGGGCAAGUCCAGCAACUUCCAGAAGCCCAAGCCUGUCAAAGGCAAGGCUGAGGCCCACUUCGCCCUGAUACACUAUGCUGGCACAGUAGACUACAACAUCACUGGCUGGCUGGAGAAAAACAAGGACCCCCUGAAUGAAACUGUCAUUGGGUUGUACCAGAAAUCAUCCCUGAAGACACUGGCCUUACUCUUUGCCAACUAUGGUGGAGCAGAAGCGGAGGCCAGUGCUGGAAAGAAAGGUGGCAAGAAGAAGGGUUCUUCCUUCCAGACUGUCUCAGCUCUUUUCCGGGAGAAUUUAAACAAGCUGAUGACCAAUCUGAGAAGCACCCACCCCCAUUUUGUACGCUGCAUCAUCCCAAACGAAACGAAAACACCUGGUGCCAUGGAGCAUGAACUGGUGCUUCACCAGCUGCGGUGUAAUGGCGUGCUGGAAGGGAUCAGAAUUUGCAGGAAAGGAUUUCCCAACAGAGUCCUGUAUGCAGAUUUUAAACAGAGAUACAAAGUAUUAAAUGCAAGUGCUAUCCCAGAGGGACAGUUCAUUGACAGCAAGAAGGCUUGUGAGAAACUUCUUGGAUCAAUUGAUAUAGACCACACUCAAUACAAAUUUGGUCACACCAAGGUGUUCUUCAAAGCUGGGCUGAUAGGCCUCUUGGAAGAGAUGAGGGAUGAGAAGCUGGCACAGCUCAUCACCCGCACACAAGCCAGGUGCAGGGGCUUCCUGAUGAGAAUGGAAUACCAAAGAAUGGUGGAGAGGAGAGAGUCCAUCUUUUGCAUCCAGUACAAUAUUCGUGCAUUCAUGAACGUCAAGCACUGGCCCUGGAUGAAGCUGUUCUUCAAGAUCAAGCCCUUGCUGAAGAGUGCAGAAUCUGAGAAGGAAAUGGCCAACAUGAAACAAGAGUUUGAGAAAAUCAAAGAAGAGCUUGCGAAGUCUGAGGCAAAGAGGAAGGAGCUGGAGGAGAAAAUGGUGAAACUGGUGCAGGAGAAAAACGAUCUGCAGCUCCAAGUGCAGGCUGAAGCUGAUGCUUUGGCUGAUGCUGAGGAAAGGUGUGACCAGCUCAUCAAAACCAAAAUUCAGCUGGAAGCCAAAGUUAAAGAGGUGACUGAAAGGGCUGAGGAUGAGGAAGAAAUUAAUGCUGAGCUGACAGCCAAGAAGAGGAAAUUGGAGGAUGAAUGUUCAGAGCUGAAGAAAGAUAUUGACGAUCUUGAGUUAACACUGGCCAAGGUUGAGAAGGAAAAACAUGCCACCGAAAACAAAGUGAAAAACCUCACAGAGGAGAUGGCAGCCCUGGAUGAGACCAUUGUGAAGCUGACAAAAGAGAAGAAAGCCCUCCAAGAGGCCCAUCAGCAGACACUGGAUGACCUGCAGGCAGAAGAGGACAAAGUCAAUACGCUGACCAAAGCUAAGACCAAGCUGGAGCAGCAAGUGGAUGAUCUGGAAGGGUCCCUGGAGCAAGAGAAGAAACUGCGCAUGGACCUUGAGAGAGCUAAGAGGAAACUCGAAGGAGACCUGAAGCUGGCCCAUGACAGCAUAAUGGAUUUGGAAAAUGAUAAGCAGCAGCUGGAUGAGAAGCUGAAGAAGAAAGACUUUGAAAUCAGCCAGAUCCAGAGCAAAAUUGAGGAUGAGCAACUUCUGGGCAUGCAAUUACAGAAGAAGAUCAAGGAGCUGCAGGCUCGUAUUGAGGAACUGGAGGAGGAAAUUGAGGCAGAGCGAACCUCUCGGGCAAAAGCAGAGAAGCAUCGGGCUGACCUCUCGAGGGAGCUAGAGGAGAUCAGCGAGCGCCUGGAAGAAGCAGGAGGGGCUACCGCAGCUCAGAUUGAGAUGAACAAGAAGCGUGAGGCAGAAUUUCAGAAGAUGCGCCGUGACCUCGAAGAGGCCACGCUGCAGCACGAAGCCACAGCUGCCGCCCUGCGGAAGAAGCACGCGGACAGCACAGCUGAGCUUGGGGAGCAGAUCGACAACCUGCAGCGAGUGAAGCAGAAGCUGGAGAAGGAGAAGAGUGAGCUGAAGAUGGAGAUUGAUGACUUGGCCAGUAACAUGGAGUCUGUCUCCAAAGCCAAGGCAAAUCUGGAGAAGAUGUGCCGCACUCUGGAAGACCAACUAAGUGAAUAUAAAACAAAGGAGGAGCAGAAUCAGCGCAUGAUUAGCGAUCUCAGUGCUCAAAGAGCUCGUCUGCAGACAGAAUCUGGUGAAUAUGCACGUCAGGUGGAUGAAAAAGAUGCUUUAAUUUCUCAGCUGUCUAGAGGGAAACAGGCUUUCACCCAGCAGAUUGAAGAAUUGAAGCGACAACUAGAGGAAGAGAUAAAGGCCAAGAAUGCCCUGGCCCAUGGCUUGCAGUCCGCUCGCCACGACUGUGACUUGCUCCGGGAACAAUAUGAGGAGGAGCAGGAAGCCAAGAGUGAGCUGCAGCGUGCCCUGUCCAAGGCCAACACUGAAGUGGCCCAGUGGAGAACCAAAUAUGAGACAGACGCUAUUCAGCGCACGGAGGAGCUGGAGGAGGCCAAGAAGAAGCUGGCACAGCGCCUGCAAGAUGCAGAGGAACACGUUGAAGCUGUGAAUGCCAAAUGUGCUUCUCUGGAAAAGACAAAGCAGAGGCUGCAGAAUGAAGUGGAGGACCUGAUGAUUGAUGUGGAGCGAUCAAAUGCU